AUGCAAGAGUUCUUGGAUGGUGCACAGGAGAAGGCACGCAAGCCAGACUGGCUGAAGCGGACCGUGCCGGGCGGGGACAAGUACACAGAGAUCAAGGCAAAGCUGCGUGAGCUCAAGCUGCACACGGUGUGCGAGGAGGCGCGCUGCCCCAACAUCGGCGAGUGCUGGGGCGGCGGCGACGGCCACACAGCGACGGCCACCAUCAUGCUGAUGGGGGACACCUGCACCCGCGGCUGCCGCUUCUGCGCCGUGAAAACCUCCAAGGCGCCUCCGCCCCUCGACCCAGACGAGCCAGAGAAUACCGCCAAGGCUGUGGCGGCGUGGGGCAUCGACUACGUCGUCCUGACGAGCGUGGACAGAGAUGAUCUGCCGGACGGGGGCGCAGCGCACAUCACGGCGACCAUCCGAGGCCUCAAGGAGAAGACGCAAGGGCGGCUGCUGGUAGAGGCCCUUGUGCCCGACUUCCAGGGCGACCUCGACAGCGUCAGCAUGGUGGCGCAAUCCGGCCUUGAUGUCUACGCCCACAACGUCGAGACGGUAGAGCGGCUGCAGGGAGUGGUGCGCGACCGGCGCGCGAACUGGGCGCAGAGUCUGGCGACGCUGCGAGCGGCCAAGGCGGCCGGCGCGCGCAUCACGAAGACCUCCAUCAUGCUCGGCUGCGGCGAGCAGCCCGCCGAAGUCGUGGACGCCCUCCAGGAGCUGCGCGACAACGGGGUGGAUGUGGUGACUUUGGGGCAGUACAUGCGUCCAACCAAGCGCCACAUGGCUGUGGCCGAGUAUGUGACGCCAGAGGCAUUCGCGGGUUUUGAGACGGCCGCCAAGAACAUGGGCUUCAUGUACGUUGCUGCAGGGCCCAUGGUGCGGUCGUCGUACCGCGCCGGCGAGUUCUACCUGACAAAUGUGCUGCGAGAACAAGCUGAUGCGAAGGAGGCCGCUUCUGUGUGAUCUUUGUGAACUAUCAGUCGCUUACUUUCUGGUGCCACGCACUUUAGGAACUGUGGGCUGGGCAAAGAUGCACCUGGCAGAUGUGCGUUGCAAGAUGUGCACAAUCAUUGAAUUUGAAAUAGCGACAUUUGGCUGUUGAGUUUUCAAUCGGCCAUACUGGGUUGGGUACUGUACCGUAGGGAAGAUCACGAUGAUUGGAGACUUUGGCUGCAAACUGCUGGUGUCACAGUGCAUGGAUGCUGUUUUAGAUCAUUCAGUGAGGAUCCUAACCAUUGCAAUUGCAAAUUUCUUUUUAGAUUUUUCCUGCAGAAGUUAUUCUCAAAUGAGCGACCAUGGCCCUUUUGCAUGCAUGCGUACAGAGUCUGUAAUUCAGAGGAUGGUGCCAGCACCAUCCUGAGCUC